CCUCCUCCUCCUCCCUCCCCUUCUGGGUCGAGAGAUCGCAGAGUGCUCCGUCGCCCCCGGUUGCAAUGGAGGACGGUGACCACGAGGCCGCUCACUGCUCAGCGGACGAGCGGCGGGACUCUGGCUCCGCCUCCCCGAAUCACAGCCGGCACCACGAUGCUGAACAGCAGUCAGACGACUCGGAGGUGGAGAACAUUAUGCAAGACCCUCCCCACCACCAAGGGGGGGGGCACGACCACCGCGACCACGAGCACCCCCACGGUCAUCAUCAUCAUCACGAUGCAGACGGGGAAGCUGAGGGCGAGGACCGCCCUCGCACCCCGUCGUCUUUGCGGCCCCCCCCCCCUGCAGGCGGCGGGGCGCCGGCGGGUCCGUGUUCAGAGCUCGUCGGUCCCGCCAGGCCCAAGAGCCCCUGGGGGCGCUUUGACCCGUACUGCAACAACGAGGACCAGGGCAAGGAGUACGUGGGUUUCGCGACGCUGCCCAACCAGGUGCACCGCAAGUCUGUGAAGAAGGGCUUCGACUUCACGCUCAUGGUGGCAGGGGAGUCGGGCCUGGGGAAGUCCACCCUGGUCAACAGCCUCUUCCUCACAGAUCUCUAUAAAGACAGGAAGCUGCUCAAUGCUGAAGAGCGCAUCACACAAACCGUAGAAAUCACCAAACACACGGUGGACAUCGAGGAGAAAGGCGUCAAGCUGAAGCUCACCAUCACGGACACGCCCGGGUUCGGGGACGCCGUGAACAACACCGAGUGCUGGAAGUCGGUGGCCGAUUACAUCGACCAGCAGUUCGAGCAGUACUUCAGGGACGAGAGCGGCCUCAACCGCAAGAACAUCCAGGACAACCGCGUCCACUGCUGCCUCUACUUCAUCUCCCCCUUCGGUCACGGCCUCCGGCCUCUGGACGUGGAGUUCAUGAAAGCUCUUCACGAGAAGGUCAACAUCGUCCCCAUCUUGGCCAAGGCGGACACGCUGACCCCGACCGAGGUCAAGAAGAAGAAAAUCAAGAUCCGAGAGGAGAUCGAGCAGUACGGGAUCAAGGUCUACCAGUUCCCCGACUGCGACUCUGACGAAGACGAGGACUUCAAGCAGCAGGACCAUCAGCUCAAGGAGAGCAUCCCCUUCGCGGUGAUCGGCAGCAACACGGUGGUGGAGGCCAGAGGGAAGCGGGUCCGGGGCCGCCUCUACCCCUGGGGCAUCGUGGAAGUGGAGAACUCGGCCCACUGUGACUUCGUGAAGCUCAGGAACAUGCUGGUCCGCACGCACAUGCAGGACCUGAAGGACGUGACCCGGGAGACGCACUACGAGAACUACCGGGCGCACUGCAUCCAGAACAUGACGCGCAUGGUGGUGAAGGAGCGCAACCGCAACAAGCUGACCAGGGAGAGCGGCACCGACUUCCCGCUCCCGGCGGCGCCCGGCGAGGAGACGGAGAAGCUCAUCCGGGAGAAAGACGAGGAGCUGAGGCGGAUGCAGGAGAUGCUGACGAUGAUCCAAGAUCAAAUGCACACGCAGAAGGAAGGCCACUGAGAGGGAGAGAGGGAGGGAGAGAGAGAGGGAGAGAGGGAGAGAGAGAGAGAGAGAGAGAACCUUUUUUUAUUCCUUUCUGGAGCAUUGGCGUCACCUUUUGGGUCCACCGACCACCACUGAGCCUCAUCAACAGCAUGUGACACCUGGGACACCUGCACGGAGGCGGUAAGGCCUCCUCCCUUCCUCCUCUAUGACAUCACAGCACCCUUAAGGCCUCCUCCCUUCCUCCUCUAUGACAUCCACCCUUAAGGCCUCCUCCCUUCCUCCUCUAUGACAUCACAGCGCUGCCUAAAACUCUCGACCCUCCACACACAAUCAUUAUUUUUUUGCUCCUUCUGAUAAACUUUAAUGGUAAGAGGGGUUUUCAAAUAGAUUUUGUUUAGCCACAUGAUCACAGGGUUAUUCUAUUGUUAUUUUUACAUGAGAUCUAACAAGUGGUUUACAUGUGGUGAACUACUCUUAUUUUAUUUUUUUUGCAUACUGUAAUAAUUUAAUUUUCUAUAUUCCUGCUUUUCAUCUUUUUAUUUGUUCCUGCUUUUAUUUAAACACGCCUUGACUUUAUGUAUCGAGGAUCGUUUUAUGUGCAUUUCUUUUCAUCCGAGGUUCUUUGCAGGUAAAUCGGGUUUAAUCUUAGAGUAUUGUUUUAGAUUUAAUUAAACUUUAUGCUUUAUCAGUGUGUGCAUGUUUAUCAUAGCUGCCCGCUCUGAUGCCUGAUGCCAGUCUUAACUGCAAUGUGUACCGUACUGACACAUCAACAGUCAAAAUAAUCCACUUUUUACACGACGAAGAAGUCUAUUAAUGGUUAAAGGUCAAAGGUCACGCAGUGUAUGUUACUUUUGCAUGUGUCGUGUGAAGGUUUUUUGUCAGAUUGCAGAUCAAUUUGGUGAUCAUAAGGUUAUUUAUGGGCAAUGGAAAUAUGUAACGACUUAAUUGUCUGGUAGAAUAUAUCGAGAGGACGGUGGAGUUUUAUUUUACUUUUUAUUUUGGUUGGUGAGAAUUGUAUAUGAAAUGUUGGACGUGUGCGAACUUUGAGGUAACCAAAGGCCAACAACUUUAAUUUUCCUUUAUCAAAGUGCAAAUGUAGUUUUGUAUUUGUAACUAAGAGUAAUGAAAACAAAAAAAUGAUGGGUUGAACUUAAUUAUUUUUGUGGCGUGACCUUUUAUGUUUAAUAGAAGAAAAAAAGAUAUUCCUCGAGUCAGGUAUUUACUUUUGUCUCAGAUUUUUUAUUUUUGUUUUAUAUUACAUUUGUCUUUUUGUUUUCAUACUUUUUGAAGUAUAUUUAUGUAACAAAUUUAAAAAAUACAAUACAAAUGGAGAGAACGAUAUGUACAAAUUCUAAUAUCGUAAUAAAAAAAUAUGAAAAUAAUU